UUCACCCACUUAGCAAAUUCCACAGUAACUGGUUAGGGUUUUAUUAGGGUUCAUAUACAUGUUUUUUUGCUUCUGAUUCUCCCCCAUCUUCUUCCCUAGAGAGAUAGACAGAGGGGAGAGAGAAGAGCCAUGGUCCACGUCUCCUUCUACCGAAACUAUGGGAAGACAUUUAAGAAGCCCCGCCGUCCCUAUGAGAAGGAGCGGUUGGAUGCUGAGCUGAAGCUUGUGGGAGAGUAUGGGCUUCGGUGCAAGAGAGAACUAUGGAGGGUUCAAUAUGUUUUGAGCCGUAUUCGUAAUGCUGCGAGGAUGCUUCUUACCCUUGAUGAGAAGAACCCCCGCCGUAUCUUUGAGGGUGAAGCUCUUCUCCGAAGGAUGAACCGUUAUGGGCUUUUGGAUGAGAGUCAGAAUAAGCUCGAUUAUGUCUUGGCCUUAACUGUGGAGAAUUUCCUUGAGCGCCGCCUCCAAACGCUUGUGUUCAAAACAGGUAUGGCAAAGUCUAUCCACCAUGCCAGGGUGCUCAUCAGACAGAGGCAUAUCAGGGUUGGAAGGCAGGUGGUGAACAUCGCGUCUUUCUUGGUGAGAGUUGACUCUCAGAAGCACAUUGAUUUCUCACUGACAAGUCCACUGGGAGGUGGACGUCCCGGUAGGGUAAAGAGAAGGAACCAGAAGGCAGCUGCCAAGAAGGCUUCUGGUGGAGAUGGAGAUGAAGAGGAGGACGAAUGAGUGCUUGCUGAUAUGGAAUUUCGGUAGUAGUAGUAAUAAUAGGGUGUGUCUGAUCUUGUAUUUGACACAAUCCUAUAUCAGGAUGGUUUAAUUACAUCAUUGCGAUAUUGUUCCGGUUUCUGGACCUUCAAACUUGGUUUUGGGAUUUGGAUGAAGUUUUUCUUGCAUUUUGUUGUAUUUGAUCACAGGUUUUUUUUGACAAAUAUUCUUUUCAGAAAGUGGGUUGUUAAUUUUCUGUUUGGGUUAGUCAGGCAAGUUUUAUGUUGAAAUUUUAUUUCUGUUUGGCACAUUUGAUUUAAAACUAGUUUAGUUUAGUUUUCAAGUAAAA